UGAUGUAAGCAUUUUUUAAAUAAAAAGAAUGCAUGCAUAGAAAUUGAUAUUAGUUCACUAUAAUUAACACUUUCCAAAAAUAUUGGAAGGUUUAGAUAUUUCUGUGUUCAAAAUACCUUUUUAUUCUUAUAAUCUCAUGAACAAUUCAGUGCUAGCUACACCAGUUCAUUCACCUGACACUACACUGACGUCAGCCAUAUCUGUCAUAGUAACAGAGUACAGAGUGUCUGUGUGAAGAUGUCUGUCUGUACAUCUGGAUCCCUUUUAUGUCUGUCACACAAAGCAGACUACAGUUGCAAGCCUCCAAACAAAGCUUUAAAGCCAGCAGGGAUACGAGUCCUCCUAGACCAGAAAUCAUCACCAAGCCCGGUGCUACUACCAUGACCCCGAAAUCAUCCAAUCCCAGUUCGAGUUAUUGUGAUGCUCUUCUAUUCCGCCUCUUUUCAUGAUUGGACAGAAGAUGCCUCUUCACAUUGCUUUGAACAAAGUCAGCUCCUACCUUCCCCGGGGCUAAUUGUGACAACAAUAGAGAUAUUACAUAUUAGAGCUCUACUAAGUAAUGGUGUGUUUAUAUAAAGAGCCUUUAAGAGCCCCAGGAGGACUGUAGGACUGUCUGUCAGUGGUGGUAUUUGUAUCUUCCUGGGUAUGUCCGUCUUAGCCCCCAUGUUGUGCAGCUCUCUGUGGGGAGGGGACAGUUAUCCAAGACUGUUAAUGGAACUAUUCCAGAGCAGGCAGUAGUGAUUUCCUUCAGAUGCAGAAUUGCGACUGUCACUACAGGUCUUUGACUGUCUAUCUUCAAGAAGUUCAACCAUAUCUGGAUCUUUAGAAGACGAUGUGGUGUCCAUGGCGGACUCCACCAUCACUGUGGACGACAUUGAGGGGGAACUUUUUAAGAUUGAGAGGAUCAGGGACAUCCUGGUCAGGAGGGAGUCAGAGCUCCGAUACAUGAUGGAUGACAUUCAGCUCUGUAAGGAAAUCACUCGUUUGAAGAAAGAGCUGCACAAAUUAGUGUCUAUACCAGAUAAUGACAAGUCCAGUGAAGACCGGCAGAAGGAAGAAGAGCUGCUGCAGCAGAUCCACAAGCUGGUCGAGACCAGAGAUUUCCUGGUGGACGAUGUGGAGUUUGAACGACUGAGGGAGAACGAAGAAGAUAAAGAAAUGGCAGAUUUUCUGAAGUCCAAAUUCCCAAGAAAUAUGAAGAAGACAGGUGUACCAAGCAGACGGGUUCCCUCCAGGGCUCAGCAGACCUCGUCUCCCCUCACCAAGACAGGCCUCACCCUGCUGAAGGAGUGCUGUGGCUUCACGUGCUCCAUCAUGUAGCCUGCAGCCUGAAUGGGGCACAAGGGCCACAAACCUAAAUGGCCAUUUCCAAGGGAGUUAUUUUUUCCAGUUUCAGCUUUUCAGUCCGAGAAAGACUUUGAAGCAAGGAUGGAGCACUUUGGUUGAGAAUUUCUCAAAGGGAGAACAAAGGAUGUUGCAAAGAUCGUGUGGUGUUUUCCAUGCCAAGACUCAAAUUUGUCUAGCGUUGGAUCAAUUUUGUCUCUUUGAUGUCUGUCCUCUCCUGUUUUCAUUUUUAAUCGUCACUGCUCAACCAAAUUCAUCUGAUGUACAGUUUCCUAAGGGAACUACCAAAUGUGGUACAUUUAUUUCUCUUUUCAGACAGACAGCACAGCAUUUGAAGGACAGAAACAGCAAAGCACAAGCCAGGCAUGUAUAGUGUUCACGUUAACUGGACUGACACGCCUACAGAUUUAUAUUUUAAAAACUUAACUGAACUAUGAUAGCUGGGAUCUCACUUAUUAAAAAGAAAGUAGCUAUUUGCAGGAGUCAGCAGGGUUGGUCUAGACGCACUGCAGGAACUUAAUAAUCAGCAUUAAGGAGAUAAUGCUAAUGAAACUGACAUUAAUCAGGAGCUCUGCAAGGAUGAAGUUGACUCCAGAUCCAAACUAGUAUGACCUUUUGAAAAGUGCUGGUUGGAAAAUUUGGUGGUUUUUGAAGAAAGAAUGGACGUCUCAUCAUGCUCAAUUCAUCUUUAACAAUAGUUAACUGACUUAAUUGCUUUUUUGUUUGUUUCAGUGUUUCUCCAUCAGUGAUGAUAUAAAACGUACAUAUCGUGCAUUGCGGUUUACGGUGCUCUUUCUGUUUGUCUUAAUUGCAAAGAAACACUGAGGAACAUCUCACAAAUUUUGAGGGUUUUUUUUCUCUCUGCUAAUCCUCACCAGUCGCAGUGUUUCACUUUUUGACAAGACUGAGCAGUCACCCUGCUUCAGUAUUUCAUUAUGCAUUUCCUAUGAGAACAGAUCGUACAGCAAGGAGUUGACAGCAGUAUGAAAAGACAGUGACUGCAGAGCUGUGUGGGGACACGUACAGUACAUGAGCGUACAUGUGGUACUGUGUGUGCACAGGAUCAUACUGAAGUGCAGUAUCAGUACAUACAGGCUGCUUGCACCUGAAUGAGUCAUUGUUAAUCCACUGGUAUCAGUUAUAUACAAGUUAAGUCAGUCAGCACAAAGGUCACACUGCAGAUCACUAAAGACAGUCAUCACACAUCACUGAGGUACACUUGAAAGGAUUUGAGUGGGUACUUUAUCUUUCAUAUAAAACCUCUUCAGCCCACUAACAGUAGGAAUAAACACCACUGUUUAUUUUAUCAUAUACUAUGGUAUGUAGCGUACCUAUAGAGGGUGAUUCCAUGUCCUUUACAUUGGCCACAGGGAUGGCCAAUCACACUACUGAGCACAUCUCUGUGUUGCCAAGAAGAACUGUCACCAUAGCAACCUUGUAUAGCCCAUAUCUUUACAAUGAGAUGGCGAGGUGAGACUUCACGGAUGUGACAAAAGCAAAUACUGUAGAUAUCAUGGUUACUGAAUGAAAGGUAAACAGGAGACAGAGUAAUGGUGCUGUUGUAAUUGUGGUUAUUUUUUCAGACUGGAGAUAAUAGUCUACUUAGUAUUGAAAAAAAAGCAAACAUAUAUAAGCAACUGAGUCCCUUUAGUGGCCUUUUAGAUAAACUAACAAUUGCUUGGGGAUUAACUAAAACACAAGGCUGUCGUGCCUGACUGGAAAGUAGACACGCUGGAGAUACACAGCUUUUAGAUAAAUCUUUCUUCUAAGUCUCUUUUAAUCAUUACAUAUUAUACAUUAUCCUCAUUGUCUCAUUAACACUUCCCCCCAACUAGCCCUUGGGAUUGACACAGCUGUCUCUUUUGCUCAGUAUCUGGAUCUGUUGAUAUUCAGUCUCAACACUGUUAUAGAGCCUUUUGGUCACACAUCACCCAGCAACCAAGUCUGCUGCUGUCAUAUGAAGCUCACGGGGGAAUUAAAUGUGAACCAGUAAGGCUUGAAAGGCUGUAUGUAAGAAACAUGGGGGAAAAAAGGGAAAAAAAUCACAUUAUUUUUUUUUAAUGUGAUGAAUUUUCCAUAACAUAACUGCUGUACUAAUGAUUAGAUUAAAAGGUGCUAACUUACAAAUACUUUGGAAUGACAAAAUCUAUCAUCUGAGGCCAAAUAAUCAGUUCACAGUGAGUAAAUACAACUCUUUGCCUCGAUAAAAUCCUUCAUCUAAACCACUAAUUAUUUUUGAGUUGGAACUUUGAGUGUGUGGCAUGUUUCUCUUUUACAUUUCACAUUUCUUCACAUUUUGACAUAAGACCAGCUGUUCACUCCAUCCAUCCUCUAGCUGUGCUCUGCUAGAGAAUGGAUGGAGUUCUUGAAUUCUCAAGAGAGGAUUCAAGAACUUCCUGAGGAAGACUCUUAAGUGACUUGGAGGAGGCCACAUAGCCUCUUAGGAGAGACACAGUGUCACAGGAGAGGGAGAGAAAAGGCUGAAGAGGCUGAAGCAGGGGAGAUGAAGAGAAAGCGAGAAGGAGCGUGGGGGAGUGUGUGGAGGGCAGUGGUUCCUAAUCUGUCAGUAUGAGUCAUCCUUAGUGAAAACAUUGUGAGUUCCUGCGAGGGCAGCUCACUGUGCAUAGGACUGGACAGCAUAAAUGGGGUUGCACAUAUGUGGGAGAAAUGAAUGAGAAAGAAAAUGUGUGUGUAUGCAUGCAGUAAGUGUACCUGUGCAUGUAUGCUUGCCUGGGAACAUGAGGGCGAUAACGAGAAGUACGUUGGCUGUCACUGCUUUGUGUCUCUAGUCGCUUCUUGUUUCGUUCGGUUUUGCUCGCUAAUAAGUCCUGCUGAAUUCUAAUGCGAGUCUGCAUGUGUUGUAAAACUGCUGGAGAAAGACUAUAAAGAGCUGUUUCCCAUGUUCAGCGUGCAGGUUUCCUG